UUGUGAUGACUAUUUGAUUACCUCCAUAAUUGUAUGCACGUAUUUUAUGAUAAACAUUGCUAAUUACCAUUUUACGAAUUUUUUUCAAGAGAGAAGACGUACUAUCAAACUUUAUUACUUUUAAAACUUAAAACUUCAAUAAAACUGCUAUUUUAAUAGCAACAACUCUCUACACAGACUCAGUAGUUUGUGUAAAAACUCAAGAACAGUUUAUUAUAAUGGAAAACAAUGACGGAGACUAUGAAAUGAUAGUAGAAGACUUCAACGAACUAUUUGAAGAAAAGUCAGUAGCUCAUGAAAGUAUCAUAUUAACAGAAGAUGACAUUAGUGACCCACAUAUUCAUAUAGAUUUUGAAAAACUUUCAAAUUACAAAGUCGAACAUUUAAAAAGAUGGCUGGUAUUCUGAGGAGACACACUUCAAGGUAUUACAACUUUGAAAGAAGCUCAAGUUCAUGUUAUGAGCUAUUUCGAAAAUAAAACUGAAGCCAAAAUUGUAGAUCCUACACCUGAUAAAAUCUGGCUACGUAAAAAAGCAGAAAAAAUGGGAGUUAUUUUGAAACCGCUGUGGAAAGAGGGAAUGCUUCCAUCAAGGAAUGCCAAAUUUUACAGUUGAACAUAUUCAAAAUUAUCAUGAACAUGUCAAUGAAACAUUUUGUAAAAAUUCAACAAAAAUAAAGAAACAUUUUAUACGUGGCGAACAAUUCCUCAAAGAGAAGUUCUUAGAUACUGAUACAAUAUAUGUUAAAGAAGAUGAAACAAUAUUUUGUUUGAAGGGUGUAGCUGCAGCUAGUUUGAAAAAAGCAAAUAGAUGGGUUUUUUUAGCCAUAGAGAAAAAAACCUCCAAUAUUGAGUUUGCGAACUGUCAGUGUCCAGCUGGACGUUGUGGGACAUGUUCUCAUGCAUAUGCUAUGAUGAAACUUUUAGCAAAGUGGGUAGUAGAUGGCCUAUCUAUGGUACCGGCAACUAAAGCAUGUACUUCAAAGCCCUGCGUGUGGAAUGUUCCGCAGUCCAGAGGUAGAAUAGAAAAGGUUCCUAUCAUGGAAAUGAUGAUCAAGUCUCCUCCAUCGAAAAAAACUAAAAAAACUGACAAUGUUCAAGACAAAAAGGAUAGAUAUUUUUAUAUACUUUAUAUAUAAAUAUAAAUAAGUACUUGAAACAUAUCAUAACCUUGUAAAAUAUGAAAUAUACUUCAAAGUGAUAUUUUUUGCAAGGAUUGAUUUUUACGAGUUUGCAACAUUACCACAAAAAUAAGCUAUAGAAAAAAUCAUCUCCUUGAGGUAUAUCUCAUAAUGUGUGUGUAGCAGUAAAAAACUUUUUAGAUAUUUUUAUGCAUAUAAUUGUAAAGAUUUUCUUUUUCUAAACAUUCUAUACCUUUAAAAUUGGUUCUUGAAAAUUUGCUAACAUUGCACAAACAGUGAUGAUCUGGUUAAGAGAACCUAGCAUGUUAACAGGAUCAAAUAUGUAAAAAGUUUUCAAUCUCUGUAUCAUUCUUUCGACAUGUAUUCUUUCAGCGGCAAUUUGUUGACUUUGAAGAGGAUAAUAAUGAUUGUUAAUCUUCUCUUGGAGUAAAUAAUAUUUAUUAUACAUUUCUAUUUAUACUGCUACAUACAAUCUUUUUC